AUGCCACUGAUACACGAAACUGAAACUUUAAAUGACACAUCAAUGAUGUUUCAAAAUGAAAAUAGAGGAGAAUAUCAAACAACAAAUACAUCCAUCCCAGCGUUAGGCGAUUUAUCACCAAAACAUAAACAAGCUUUAGGUCUUCAUACUGUCAAUGGUUCAAACUUUAAAGGCCAACAAUCUCCAUUGCAAUUAACUUCAAUGCUAAAUUCCCUUACAUUAAGUCAGGAUAACCAAGCAGUUGCCAACAUGCGUAACUAUAAUGGUCCAUUUGUUCUAAUCUUAAGGAAUUUGCCAAAUGAAAUUAGUUUAAGAGAAUGUCACGCUGUGUUUGCUUUAGCCCACAAUAUCUUAAGCAUGGAACUUGUCAAAUCUGAAAACUCAGAAAAAGAUGAACCAUUCCUUAAAGUCCAAAUUGACUCAUUGGUUAAUGCAGCUAGUUAUGCAAUGAUUUUAAGUUCAAAAUCUGAUAUAUUUGGUCCUGAUUGUCCAAUGAAGUCAUACGUUGAAUUAUUUGACCAACCAACUAAUCAGCAGGUGCCAUAUAAUGAAUUAUCACAGCUCAACCAAUCUUAUAGAUUAGGUUCUGAUUUGAACAAUUUGCAUAAUUUUAAGAAUAUCAUUCCUUUGGCUGCUAAUUCCAACAUCCCAAGUGUUUUUGAUGGUUCUACGUUACCAAAGAAAUCGAGGUUCUCUUUCAGCGAUAAUUUUUCUAAUGAAUCUAAUUUGGUAAACAACACUACCGAGAAUCAACAUGUCUCAACAGGUAAUUCACUAAAUCCACAAGGUUCUCAAUCCAUUCCUGGCCAUCCUCAAUCAUUUCAAGAACUAUCAGCAACCAGCUCCAUGCAACAAGGUAAUGUUGGAAAGUCUAUUUUAAUGAUGGAAUCUGAUGACAUUAAUGAUGCUAUUUGGGGUUCUAAUGGAAUUACUUUCAACAAUGCUACUACCGGGUCAAACUCCACCGUUCCAAUGUUUGAAUGGAAUUCAGGAGGAAGCAGGAAACAAAAUAAUUUAUUUGGAUUCAGUCAACAAACUAAUAACAUGCCAAACCAAUCAGUUCAAGGAAGUACUGCUCAGCUAUCGAAUAUAUCGAGUGAUGGAUAUUUACCAGCAAAUAAUAACAUUUCAUCCUUCGGAAUACCACCUUCAGUAAAUUCUUCAACUCAGCAAAUGUUAUCUCCUUUGGAUUCAACUUUGCCAGCCAAUCAACAUCAUCCUAAUAUAAGUUCUCAAUCUUCAACUUUUAACAUUAAUGAUAAAUUGAGUACUGAUAGUCAAGCAGCCAAGAACCAAUCUCAAACACCUCAUAGGAUGCAACCUAUGAGAAACACCAGAAACUCACAAGAAUCAAUUGGCUUACAAAAGAAUUCUUCAACUCCCUCACUAUCAUAUAGCAAUUUAGCCAAUACUGGUGCCAUAUCGCAAGCUGACUUAUCGUUGUUAGCCAAAGUUCCACCACCUGCCAAUCCAGCUGAUCAAAACCCACCAUGUAACACUUUAUAUGUUGGUAACUUACCAUCUGAUGCUACUGAACAAGAAUUAAGGCAACUAUUUUCUGUACAACAAGGUUUCAGAAGACUGUCGUUUAGAAAUAAAAACAACAACGGCAAUGGUCACGGUCCAAUCUGUUUUGUUGAAUUUGAUGAUGUAAGUUUUGCCACAAGAGCUUUAGCGGAAUUAUAUGGUAGCCAAUUACCAUCUGCUACUGUAAGCAAUAAAGGUGGUAUUAGAUUAAGUUUUUCUAAAAACCCAUUAGGAGUUAGAGGUCCCAACAACAGAAGGAAUACUAGCACUCCAACAUUAAAUGGAUCAUCAAAUUCUAAUAAUUAUAGCUACAUUGGCAAUUACGGCAAAUAG